AUGAAGCUCAACGUUCUUGCUCUGACUACGCUGCUCGGCUUGGCGGUCGCCCAGUCGAGCACCAGCGGUCCUCCUGCGGCCUCUACCAGCCUGACUGCUCAGGAGUCCUGCGCAAAGCGCUGUGACGACAAGGAUCUCUGCUGCAAAGCGCAGUGCUACAAGGUCCCCUGCCCCAGUGACAGUCAGGCCAACGACACUAUCAGCUGUGUGGCUGCUUGUCCCCAGGGCACUGGCUCACCCAGCGAUACUGAAAAGUAUGCCAGCUGCCAGAGCAGCUGCUACAGCAGCCACUUCUUCCCGGCCACCCAGGUCGGCUCCGGUUCCCAAGCCACCCACGCUAGCUCCAACGAUGACUCCAAGACCACGGGGACCGACAGUGGUAGCAAGAGCACUGCUACCGGCGAAUCUGGCUCCAAGGCUAGCGGCUCCAGCUCGAGCACCGGUACCAGCAGUGGCUCCGAGGCGUCGGAGUCACCCAACGCGGCGGCUCUGAAGCUGGGCGUGUCGACUGCGGGUGUGGUCGGUCUGGUUCUGGGUGCUCUUGCUCUGUAA